UCAUAGAUAUUCGAACAAAAAAAAUGUCAUAAAACAAAAUUCAGAAGAAUUUUUCGCUCUGUAAAUUUUAAUUAGAACAUUAUAAAGAGUGCAUGAGAAAGCAUAUGAAACUUUCUUGAUUCUUCAUACAAUAAUAACUGGCUAAUUAUUUAAAAAGCAUUGUCUUAUAGUUUUCACAUUCCAACGAUCGUAAACGAAAGCGUGACAUGUUCAUCAUCUUAAUUAGACGCUGGAAAAAUAUGCGCGAAAUGCGCACUUGAUAAAAUGAUUAGUAAUAUGAUUAGUAAAGCGAUUAGAAUUCAAAUAAAUAGUGUUAAAUACAAUCAUUAACAUAUUGUUAACAUUCGAAUAUUGAAAUUGAUGCUUGGUAAUCACAUGCUUAGACGAAACAUCUGCGUACCAAGAAAAUUCGAGCGAACAUCUAUCACUGACAUUUCACCAGGAGAAACAAGAGAGUGCAAAUACGCGCGCUCGUGAGUCAGACUCACCGACAAGUGUACUUCCACUUUUAUAAACAGCUCCAGGGAUUCGAUUGGAAUAUCGAACUGCGUAAUUCGAACCGCGACAAACAUCAAGUAAUCCUUUGUUUUAUUAUUACUGUUGACCUCGCAUCGAUAACGUUGAACCGAUAUCCGGUGCACUCUGACGUUCCGGUAAAACAUAAUGUCCUGUAUAUGAUUUUAUUUUAAAAUGAAAAAGAGAAGAGAAAUUUGAUUGAAAUGAUAUGUAAUAAAUUAUUUAUAUGUAUAGUAGAUUAUUAAAAAAAAAAAAAUUUUGUGGUAGUAUUUAUCAGAGUAUUACAUUAUACACAUAAUCUCUGCUACGAUACAUAAUAAAUAUUACUAUUAAUGUUAAAAAUAAAAAAAAAUACAACAAUCGUGCUGUGAUUAUAAAUAUAUUCAAAAAGAUAAUCGUAUAAAUACAAUAUAAUAAAAAGUUUUAAAAAUUCUAUUGAAUUCAAAAUGUGGAACAUAAUAAGAGAAUUAUUGGAACAAUUUCUUUUACCGGGAUUAUUCUUAGGUAUUUUAUAUUGUUUUCUUACUUCUACAUUUGAUUUUUGGAAGAAUCGCGGUGUACCCUUUCGAAAACCCACUGUAUUAUUCGGAAAUUUUGCUCCUAUGUUAUUAUUCCGGAAAUCCUUACCAGAAGGUAUAAAAGAAAUGUACGAAUGGUUCAAAGAUGAAAGAUAUUUUGGAGCGUUCCGUGUUAGAUCACCUGUACUGAUCCUACGGGAUCCAGAUCUCGUGAAGAACAUUUGCAUAAAAAAUUUUACUUGUUUCUCGAAUCGUGGCAUACCAGUGAACUCCCAGGAUCCAUUAUCUGCCCAUCUGUUUAACUUAGAAGGGAAAAAAUGGAAAAGUUUGAGAUCGAAAUUGACUCCAGCCUUUUCAUCCGGCAAAUUAAAAAGGAUGUUCUAUCUGCUAGCAGAAUGCGGCGAAGAAUUUCAAAAAUUAAUUGAUAUAUCUUCCGAAACCGAUCGGCCAUAUGAGAUUCGUGAAUUGGCCGCAAAAUUUACAAUAGAUGUUAUUGGUACUUGUGCCUUUGGCAUACAAAUAAAUGCACUUACUGAUGAGGAAUCUGAAUUUCAUAGAGCUGCUAAAAAACUUUCGAAACCGAGUUACAAAGCUACCCUUUGGAGAAUGCUCAGAACUGCCAUGCCAAGAUUAUACAAAUUUUUAGGGGUUCAGGUGAUAGAUCCUGGAGUGACCAAGUUUUUUAAAGACGUUGUAUCGCAGAUGAUUAAACAACGUGAAUAUGGUAUUAAAAGGCAUGAUUUUAUGGAUUUAUUAAUUGAAUUAAAAAAUAAAGGUACUUUAGAUGAGAUUGGAAGUGGACUAGUUUGCAAUGAUGAAGAUGCAGAAACAGCAGAUGAAAUAGAAUUGGACGAGAACAGCAUUGCAGCGCAAGCGUUUGUGUUUUUCGCCGCCGGCUAUGAAACAUCAUCAAACACUAUUGCAUUCUGUCUUCAUGAGUUAGCGUUGAAUACUGAAAUUCAGGAAAAAACGAGACGCGAUAUACAAGAUGCCAUCAACAGCAGAAAUGGCAAACUGACUUAUGAUGCUGUACAAGAUAUGAAGUAUCUUGAUAUGGUCAUUGCAGAAACGCUUCGAAAAUAUCCUCCAGCUUCAAUGCUAUCUCGGAGAUGCGAAUAUCAAUACCAAAUACCAAAUAGUAAGGUUGAAUUACCAGCAGGCAUACGAGUAAUUAUACCAAUUUAUGGACUUCAUCAUGAUCCAGAUUAUUAUCCAAGUCCUGCAAUAUUUAAUCCUGAAAGAUUCACAGAAGAGAAUAAACGAACCAGACAUCCAUAUGCGUAUCUUCCAUUUGGUGAAGGACCACGAAAUUGCAUAGGAAUGCGAUUUGCAUUAUUACAAAUCAAAGUGGGAAUAAUCUCGUUUCUUAGAAACCAUAGAGUGGAAACAUGUCAGAAAACAAUUACACCGAUAAAAUUUAGUAGACGAAGUCUCGUAACAACUAGCGAGAAAGGAUUUUGGCUUAGAAUUAAAUAAUAUUUUUAAAUUUAAAAAAUUUAAAAAAAAAAUUAUAUAAAUAUAAUAUUUAUUAUGUACUUAAAAUACCUCAAAAAAUGAUCAAUAUUAAUAAUUUUUCUGUUAGUAUUCUUAAUAUUAGUGAGGCCAGUAAAAAAUUUUAAUUUU